AUGGUCUUCUACGGACCUUCUAAGGGUUGUGUGUCGUGCAAGCAGCGCCGGAAAAAGUGUGAUCAAACUCGUCCAUCAUGUUUGAGGUGCACUAGGGCGAACCGCAACUGUGGUGGUUAUGACCAAGAAGGACUUACAGCAUUUCGACGAUAUGAGGCUGUCAACAAAUGUCCGUCGAGCCCACCAUCGACAGCACGAAGGUGUAUGUUACCUAAACGCGCGCCUAUACCGGGAACCAAUCUGUUUCUGUCCGAUGUCGGUCCAACGGAAACACCAGUGAAAAAGUCCUACGAAUUCGCGUUGAGAGCCUUUUUCUACGACUUCUGUAUCCCGGAAACGAAUGGGAAGCUUUCGAGAGGAUUCUUAUCCGGCCUUGAGGCUAUGGCUUAUAGACUUGGACCUGAAUCCAAUUUGGUCAAGGCUUGCCAAGCGGUAUCGUUCUUUAGUCACGCAAAGCCACUGAACAGGCCGCACAUGCACGAGAGAGCAGAAAGGCUUCAUCAGGAACUUCUGGGCUCUUUGGCCAGAGCAAUAGAAGUACCUACUCUAGUGGCAUCUCUUGAGACCAGAUACAUUGCCUUGCUACUGGGACUCUACGAGAUAUCAGCAGCCAACAGUGCCGAUCGUCGCUCCCAUGAUGCUCAUGCAAGGGGGCUUUCCGCACUCUUGAAGACCGGAACUUCGCCGUUAGAUCUGCUACGCAUUAUACGUGAUGGAAGCAGGCCAGAUACUAACGCGCCGAGUGGGCGUUGCCAAGGAACCCAGCCGCGUCUCAGGCCCCGCGGCAUCUUCUCGGUUCCAGCUCUAAGUGAGGGGGAAGAAUGCCUUGAUAACUUGAUGCUUGAUCUCGACUCUCUGCAGACAAGGUUCUCUGGUGCUCUCGAAACGUCCAACUUCUCCCCCGGCACGGAAGAAGAGAUUUCCUCACUGUACCGACGCUUUUCCCGCUGGUCGAGUUCUCGGUGCCCAGGGUUCAGGCCAAUAACAGUGACGCAUCUCAAACACCCAGCGGUUAACUCUGAGAUUGUAGCUGGGUGUUGGCCAGGGCGGGUUGAUACGUACUUCGAUCUUUACGUGGCUGGAGUCUGGAAUAUAGUACGCACCUCUCAGUUACGCAUCAUUGACAUGAUGGUCAAACUAUCCGACUACCAUGGUGAUAGGGAAGCAUCUUUGCACUGGAUACCUCGUGCGAAUGCGCUUGUCGAGGACAUUAUGGCAUCGAUCCCGUAUCAUCUGACUGAUAAUAUGCAUGCCUUUGUCAACCAAUACGAUACUGGAGAGGGAAUCACGGACAGAGGGAAAUCGCUUGGGGGUUUGCUUCUUAUGCAUCCACUCUACGUGGCUUCUAGAUUACCGUUCAUUCCUGAGAAGAUGCAGAUUUACAUAAAACAAUGUUUGCUGUGGAUUGGGACAGAGAUAGGCUUAGGUCAAGCAACCCUCUUAGCCGAGGCACACGAUAUCGAUAGAAGCUAUCUGGAGAGCGGGUGUGUGAUAAUAUGGGCCGGUUUCCUGGGCUAG